CCACCAACGUCAAUUCGCGAAGAUCCUUUGGCAAUCAUGGGGUAGAAAAUCAACCUUUGAAUGAUAUCCGAGGCCUGAAAAGGCCCCUAGACCGUACACUUCCCAUCAAGCGCCUUCCAUGAGGGCGGAUCUCCAACUUGGCAGGUCCAUGAACACAACUGGAAACCAAGUUACCACAAAUGCUCCAACAUCUAAAUCUGCACCUCGACCACAGCAACAAUAUCCUCAUACUACCGCCUAUCCACUCCCUAAUGACAGUUGUCAAAGAACUAUGGCCCAACACGAUCAUAAUACAGCCAAGAAAGCCAAGACAUAAUACUUUGAAUGAUUUAAUAUCCUUCUCUUAUUUUACCUCCAGAUAUCCAAGUUUUUUUUAAACCCGUUCAUAUGCAUCUUCAGAAUUGUUUAUAUUUUCGUUUUUACAUUUUUGUGUGCUGUUAGAUUCACAUACACACACACCAAUAUAUAUCUUAGGAUGAUACCACUUUAAAUGUGUCGAAGAGUUUUUUUAAUUUUGAUUGUGAAGAAAGUUGUAAUAUUGUUUUUUUUAUUUUUCUCAUCAUUGCUUAAGGAUGUAACAUUUUCUGAUUUGAUAUAAGGUGAGCUAAUUGCAUGUUGUAAUAUAUUGAUGCGUGUUUGCAAAGUGUC